CGUGUGGCAGUAAAAUUAAAAAGUAUUACCCUAAAUCCAGUAUUUUUGUAAAAUGCCCUUCUCUUUUACCAAACCCUAACUAGGCACGUACAUAACAACACAGCACACUACAAUGUGCCGCCUCCCUCCCUUCCUUUCACUAUCAUUUUUCUCUAUCCAUUCUCUCCGAGGCGUGCGAACACCCUUCUCAGGCCAGUGACGAUCUUCUUCGCCGGUCUUACACGCCGUUGCAUUCGCCGGAGGUAAGGACAAAUCUCAGGCAGGGUCGUCGCUCCGUCGUCUUCAACUUAGAAUUUAGGUUCCGAGAGUAGCUUCUGCAAUCAUGGCCGAAGUUGAAGCUGAUGUUGCUGUUGCAGGAGUUCCGAAGAAGAGAACGUUCAAGAAGUUCUCUUUCAGGGGAGUUGAUUUGGAUGCUCUCCUUGACAUGUCUACCGAUGAGCUUGUCAAGCUUUUCACUGCUCGUGCUCGCAGAAGGUUCCAGAGAGGUUUGAAGCGUAAGCCAAUGGCUUUGAUCAAGAAGCUCCGGAAGGCGAAAAGGGAAGCCCCGGCUGGUGAGAAGCCAGAACCAGUUAGAACUCACCUCCGUAACAUGAUUAUCGUACCAGAGAUGAUCGGAAGCAUCAUCGGUGUGUACAAUGGCAAGACCUUCAACCAGGUCGAGAUCAAACCUGAGAUGAUUGGACACUACCUUGCUGAGUUUUCCAUCUCAUACAAGCCUGUCAAGCACGGUAGACCAGGUAUCGGUGCUACCCAUUCGUCUAGGUUCAUUCCUCUCAAGUGAAGGCUGCCAGUUUGCAUAUUCAGUAUUUUUGUUUUGAAGACUUACAUGAAUUUUUGUUUCCCUUUUCUGUUGUUUAAAAGAUUUUGAAUACCAUUAAUUUUGCUCUUUAGUCUCUGAUCAUGGCCUAAAUAUUGGAAGUAUCCUUUUUUACCUUAUACUUUUUUUUAAUGAAAAUUAUAUUUUUCUUUCCGUUGAA